AUGCUUACUAUUACUCAUUCAUUACUUCCUUUUUCCCUUUCUUUUCCAUGGCCUCUCUCUAUCUCACUUUUUAUAAGAACCUGGCCACCCGUGACUUUUCUUCUUCCCCACCUUCUCUUUUUCUUCUCUCUUGCUUUCCCUUCUCCUUCCACCUUCUUUAUACAUCCAACUUCUUUAUAUAGCCACCUUCUUUAUACAACCAGCUUCUUUAUACAGCCAGCUUCUUUAUACAUCCACAUUCUUUAUAUAGCCAGCUUUUUAUACAGCCACCUUCUUUAUACAGCCACUUUUUUUAUACAGCCAUCUUCUUUAUAUACCAGCUUCUUAUACAGCCAUUUUCUUUAUACAGCCAAAUUCUUUAUACAGCCACCUUCUUUAUACAGCCAGCUUCUUAUACAGCGACCUUCUUUAUACAGCCAAAUUCUUUAUACAGCCACCUUCUUUAUACAGCCAUUUUUAUACAGACAGCUUCUUAUACAGCCACCUUCUUUAUACUGCCAACUUCUUUAUAUAGCCACUUUCUUUAUACAACCAUUUUCUUUAUACAGUCUAAAUGGAUCCUUCCUAUCUAUCUAUCUAUCUAUCUAUCUUUAUCUGUUCAUAUCUAUGUAUGUCUGUUCAUAUCUAUCUAUCUAUCUAUCUAUCUAUCUAUCUAUAUCAAUAUUUUCAUAUCGCUCCACCUGA